ACAUGUAGAUUUCAAGGAAAACACUGUGAUAAAUGUGGCCAGGCCGUUUUAUUGUCAGAGUUGGAGGAGCACAUGUCCAAGACUUGUGAAUAUAGAGAGACUCAGUGUUUUUACUGUCUAGAAAAUAUCAGUAUGAAGGAUAUUGAGAAUCAUCAGAGCUCUGUAUGCCGGAAGGUUCCGUUAAACUGUCCAAACGAAUGCGGAGUUCAGGGCAUGCCACGAGAGCAGAUGAACGAUCACUUAAUCCAGUGUCCACUCAAAAAGACCGUAUGUCCUUUUUCUAAGCACGGAUGUACAUUUGAGGGAACCAAAGACCAAUUGGACAUCCAUAAGAAGGACAUGAUUUCAUUACAUCUUGACAUGACAAUGAAGCGUUCCAGUCAACAGCAUGAAUCCUUAUUUUUAGAAUUGAAGACAACAAUGGAUAAAGUCAUACGGGAAAAUGCAAGAAUUCCCGAACUCAUCGAGGAAAACGAAAGGCUACAAAAAGAGACACAAGCAAAUAAAAUAUCGAUUCAGGAAAUGAAGAAAUUUCUGGCAAGCAAUGGAGAAAAGGUUAUACAGACGGGACGCCUACUUGAAGACAAAGCGUCCGUAGAGACCGUUGAUAAACUAAAAAAGGAAGUGAUAACGAUGAAGGAUACAGUCCUAGCAACAAACCAGAGAGUGACCAACAUAGAACAUAGAGGUGGAGUUCAAGCAGGUCGUUCUGGGGGUGGAAACUCUAAAGAAAUAGAGAAUGUGGAGAAGCAGGUUGGGCUGCUGGAUAUUCGUCUCUGUGAAUUAGACCUGAGACUUCAACUACAAGAAACGAUUAACUUCGACGGUGUCCUGAUGUGGAAAAUCAGAGAAUACAACAGACGAAAACGUGAAGCCGUAUCCGGGAAAACCCUGUCUCUGUAUAGUCAGCCGUUUUAUACCAGUAGGUACGGAUACAAGCUUUGUGGACGCGUCUACCUGAAUGGUGACGGGGCUGGAAAGGGUCUCUUUCUCUCUUUCUUCCUAGUUGUGAUGCGAGGCGACUUUGAUGCACUUUUGCCUUGGCCUUUCCAACUACCAGUUACUUUGAAACUUUUGGACCAAAAUGGAACCAAUCAACACGUCGCCGAGCAGUUCCUGCCAAAUGCAACGAGUAACAGCUUCCAAAAACCCACAACAGAAAUGAAUGUUGCAUGUGGUGUGCCGUGCUUUGCUCAUCACUCUAAACUAGAAACGGACACGUACCUUAAAGACGACACUAUUUUUCUUAGGGUUGUCGUCGACUGUACGAAUGCCAGAACCAGUUUUUGAAUUUUUGGGUUUGUUCAGGUUCUUUAGUAGAGAACAGAUUUUGA